GUGGAAAUCUAGGAGCCAUGAAGGCAGAAGGCGAGAAACACAGACGUCGCGUAGCGCAGGAGAAGAAAGGCAAGCAGGAAAUGGAGCGCUUGGGCUUCAUGUGGACGAAAACUGGUGAUGCUCGGAAAAUCCGAGACUCCGACUUGAUGUCCUGGGACGCGAGAGGAAGACGGAUAUUCCCGAAAUUAGCGCCCAGUGGAAUUUUGCCUCAGGAGGUCAACUUGGUCGAAGCAAGCAACAAGCUGGGCAGUGCCGAAAUGAAACAGGAAGAUCUGAUGACAUUAGUUGACCCCAAAACGGGCGAGAAGCGGAGCAGACUACCACCGUAUUUGAUGAAGAAACUCGGCCUGGAGGUCAACAGUGAUGGCAUGAUUGUGCAAGUGGCGGAUCCGAGUUUGAAUGCGCCAUUACUGCUCACGUCAUUGGAGCGCGAAACGGCUUUGCGACUGCGUCAGUUGAAGGAAGAGGAAAAAGCCAUGGAUGCGGCGUUUGCGUCAGAAGGUAUAAUUAGUCCUUCUUCAAAGAAGUCUAGACCGAGUAUGCAGGAUCUGACCCACCACGUAGGGAGCACAGGGAUGCCACAGCAACAUCGACUCUUGUUAAGCGGAUUGCAACC